CCGAGGGGCGCGGGUUGCCGCGGCCGCGUAGUGCCCACAGCCUGGACGGCGCCCGGCACGGCAACGGUGCGAGCCAGAGCCAGCCAGCAUAAAUAUGGCUGAACUUCUAGAGCCAGAUGGUACUGUAAACUGGAAGGAAAGAUGUUUAACUCUGGAGUCACAGUUGAUGAAGUUUCGUCUGCAGGCAAGCAAGAUCAGGGAACUGUUAGCAGAAAAGAUGCAGCAGCUUGAGAAGCAAGUUGUAGAUGCUGAUCGCCAAGCAGAGAGAGCUUUUCAGCAGGUGCAGGUUAUGGAAGAAAGAUUAAAAGCAGCUAAUGUUCAAACAAGUGAAUCAGAAACCAGGUUGUAUAAGAGAUGUCAAGAGCUGGAGAUCCUGAUACAAGAUAAAAAUGACAUAAUACAAAAAUUGGAGCAACAACUUGAAGAACAGAAGCAAAUGAGACUGCAAGAAGCAAAAAUCAUAGAAGAAAAAGCAGCUAAAAUAAAAGAAUGGGUGACAGUCAAGCUCCACGAGUUAGAGGUGGAAAAUCAGAACCUUCGCUUGAUCAACCAAAAGCAAACCAAAGAGAUGAAAACAGUACAGUCUAAACUGCAAGCUACAGGCAAGACAUCUGUUACUUCAGCACAAAAACCUGGAGAGUGUCAUCAGCUAAACAGUUUGACUUUUGAAUGCUUUUCAAAUAGAGCAAGAAGUCCUCAACCAUCUUCUAAGUUUGAAGAAAUAAGGAAAUCUUCAUCUAAAGAGUCAGACUACACUGAAGGGAAAAACAUGCAAGAGAAGGAUAGCCUGGAAACUACUUUUGAUGUUCCUGCAUAUGAGACCAGCAAAGGUCAGAAGUCAUUACAACAGAGAUCCUCCAGAUCAGAGCAGAAAAAUGUAAGAACAAGCUAUUCAUCCAAAGAUCUAGACAGUGACAUGUCAAAGAACUCCUGCACUACCGGGAGUGACUGGAGCUCAGACGAGGAUGGAGGAGACAAUAAUGGACUGAAAUCAGAGAGUGCAUCAAUUCUUUCAAGUCACACAUCUGAAGAGAAUGCAAGGUACAGCAGAGUAGGUAGUGAAAUGUAUUUGACAGCAUCUGAUGACAGUAGUUCUUUAUUUGAAGAAGAAAGUUUUGGUGUUCAAAGGACACAGCUCAAGAAGUUCUACUCCUGGCAGCAAGAAUCCCAAAGAAGAUGCCAGAGCAGUCAAAGUGGAAAGAGCAGCACUGACUGCACAGGUAAAAAGAAAGACCAAGAUAGUUCUUCAGAUGAACUGAGUAAGAAAUUUCAGUCUCAGAGGCUAGAUUAUUCGUCCUCAUCCAGUGAGGCAAAUACCCCAAGUCCAAUUUUAACCCCUGCUCUGACACCCAACCAUCCUAUUCUAUCAACUGCUGCAGGUUCUCAGUGCACGACAUCAUCAGAUGCUCCCUCAAAUUUACCACUUCCGAAGUUACAGACACCUAAUGUGUUAAGUAUAAACUCAGCAUUAGCAAAGAAACAUCUAAGCCAGCCUCAGCUGAUUUCUGACAGAAUGUUUGGCAGAAAUAGAAAUGCCAUCAGCAUGAUACAUCCCUGGAGACCUCAGGAAACAGACAUUGAUCUGGUGGAUGGAGAAGAUAGUGAUACUUUAGAGAAAAUGGAGAUUGGCUGUGGUGAGGGAGUGAUCACUUAUGACAGCACCGAAGCACAAACUGCUGAAGCCCAGGAACCUCAUGACACGACAAAAAAGGGUGUUAGCAACAAACCUCCAACCCCUCCACUACAUCGGUUUCCUUCCUGGGAAAGCAGAAUUUAUGCUGUAGCCAAAUCUGGUUUAAGGAUGUCUGAAGCUUUCACCGUGGAAUCUCUUAACAAAAAUGCUGUUUCAAUAACUCCAUAUUCCAUAUCUGGAUUAUAUACAUCUCUGAUAUACAAGAACAUGACUACUCCUGUCUACACCACUUUGAAAGGGAAAGCAACUCAAAUAAGCAGCAGCCCAUUUAUAGAUGAGUCAUCAGGAUCUGAGGAAGAGGACGGCUCUCGCUCCAGCUCAAGGACGUCUGAGUCUGAUUCUCGAACCAGAAGUGGUCCAGGUAGUCCUCGAGCCAUGAAACGAGGUGUGUCUCUGUCUUCUGUCACCUCAGAAAGUGAUUAUGCUAUUCCUCCAGAUGCAUACUCAGUAGAUACAGAUUGUUCAGAGCCAGAGCAGAAACUUCCUAAGACCUCUUCCUCAUCUAGUGAUAAUGGAAAAAAUGAACCUUUGGAAAAAUCUGGCUAUCUGUUAAAAAUGGGUGGUAAAGUAAAAACCUGGAAACGACAGUGGUUUGUGCUUAAAGGAGGUGAAUUAUUGUACUACAAGUCUCCGAGUGAUGUCAUUCAGAAACCUCAGGGUCAAAUUGAGCUAAAUGCAUCUAGCCACAUUGAAAGGGGUGAUGGAAAACAAAUGAUUCAGCUGACCACAGAAAAACGAACAUACUACCUGACUGCAGAUUCUCCCAACAUCUUAGAAGAAUGGAUCAAAGUACUACAGAAUGUCCUUAAAAUACAGGCUGCCAGCCCACUUUUCAUACAGCCUGAAACCAAGCCAACCAUGAAAGGAUUACUUACAAAGGUGAAACAUGGAUAUUCCAAAAGAGUUUGGUGUACUCUAGUUGGAAACAUUCUGUAUUACUUCCGUAACAAAGAAGACAAGUUUCCUCUUGGUCAAAUUAAGCUUUGUGAAGCUAAGGUUGAAGAAGUUGAUAGAUCAUGUGAUUCUGAUGAAGAUUAUGAGGCUAGUGGUCGCAGUUUAUUAUCAACACAUUACACUGUUGUUAUCCACCCCAAAGAUCAAGGACCCACUUAUCUUCUUAUAGGAUCCAAACAUGAGAAGGACACAUGGCUUUAUCAUCUGACGGUUGCAGCUGGAAGUGCCAGUGUAAAUGUUGGAUCUGAGUUUGAAAAACUUAUUUGCAAAUUACUGAAUAUGGAAGGUGAUACCACUUCUCAGAUUUGGAGGCAUCCUACCCUUUGCCACAGCAAAGAAGGAAUUACUGCUCCACUUACAACGCUGCCAUCAGAAGCAUUGCAAACUGAAGCAAUUAAAUUAUUUAAGACCUGCCAGUUGUUUAUAAAUGCUGCAGUUGACUCUCCUGCCAUUGAUUACCAUGUAUCUUUGGCCCAGAGUGCUUUGCAGAUCUGCCUCACACAUCCUGAACUUCAAAAUGAGAUCUGUUGUCAGCUUAUUAAGCAGACAAGACGGCGACACCCACAAAACCAGGCAGGACCUAUACAGGGCUUGCAGCUCUUGGCUCUCUGCAUUGGACUCUUUCUGCCCCAGCACCCAUUCCUUUGGCUUCUUAAAGUUCAUUUAAAGAAGAAUGCAGAUUCCAGGACUGAAUUUGGGAAAUAUGCAAUGUAUUGUCAGCGAUGUGUAGAGCGUACCCAGCAGAAUGGAGACCGAGAAGCCAGGCCUUCCAGGAUGGAAAUCCUUUCUACUCUUCUAAGAAACCCCUACCACCAUUCGCUGCCCUUUAGUAUUCCAGUUCAUUUCAUGAACGGCAUGUAUCAGGUCGUUGGGUUUGAUGCCUCUACCACAGUGGAGGAAUUUCUGAACACUCUGAAUCAGGAUACUGGGAUGAGGAAACCAGCUCAGUCAGGAUUUGCACUUUUUUCUGAUGAUCCAUCUGGCAAGGAUGUAGAGCACUGUCUUCAAGGAAACAUCAAGAUCUGUGACAUUAUUUCAAAAUGGGAGCAAGCCUCCAAGGAGCAACACCCUGGGAAAUGUGAAGGCACGAGGACUGUUCGCCUUACAUACAAAAAUAGGCUUUAUUUUUCAGUUCAAGUCCAUGGAGAGACAGAGAGAGAGAAGCUGCUGCUGGUAUAUCAGACAAAUGAUCAAAUAGUCAAUGGACUUUUUCCUGUAAACAAAGAACUAGCGAUGGAAUUGACAGCUCUUUUAGCUCAGGUAGAGAUUGGAGAUUUUGAAAGGCCGUUCUCAACUCCAGCAGGACAAGUCUCUUCCCAGUCCAAGUCAAAUCAAACAUUAAAACAAGUUUUGGAGAGAUUCUACCCUAAGCAGUACAGGCAAGGUUGUUCAGAGGAACAGUUAAGACAGCUUUGUCAGCGGUUGUCUACAAGAUGGAUGGCUCUCCGGGGGCACAGUGCUGCAGACUGCGUGCGCAUUUAUCUCACCGUAGCCAGAAAAUGGCCUUUCUUUGGUGCUAAAUUGUUUGCAGCAAAACCUCUGACAACAUCCUCUGUUGAGAAGCCCUUCAUAUGGUUUGCUGUACAUGAAGACGGCAUAAGCAUCCUAGAUUACAGCUCUAUGCGAUUAACUGUCACAUAUGCAUAUAAGAGUCUGACGACUUUUGGAGGCUAUCAAGAUGAUUUUAUGUUGGUUGUUAACAACGUUCAGAAAAAGGAAACAUCAGCUGAAAAGCACCUUUUUGCCAUGACAAAAGCAAAGAUUCUUGAGAUCACUCUACUGAUUGCCAGCUAUAUUAACAACUUUUAUCAGCUGAAAGGAGCUGCUCAUCACCUCUCUGCUCCAGCCUUACUGACACCCCAAAGUGGACAGAAACUCAAGGAAAUGGGAAGUCAGCCACUUCUUGCAAAUAGCAGGCCAACUAAGUGUCCCACGUUGUUAUGAAAGGAUUUUGUAUCGUGAUAAUGCAUAAGCAGAUCCACAAACAAAAGAAAGGCAGACAGGUUUUAUUCAUUUCAAUAAUACAUAACUGGAGUAGCCCUUUAAUUAAAGCUCUGGCCUGAACUGGAAUGACAAUGACCCAAUUUAAGGAUUAACUUUACUGGUGUUGGCCUAUGCCUACAACUCAUAAAUAAGUAUGUCCGUUGAUAGUGAUGGGGAGAGAUGGCCUUGGGAACAACUGUAUGGAUUUUAGUAGUUUUCCAGGUAUUUACUCAGGAACCAAACUGUCUUGAAAUCUUCAUCUCCAUUUGUCCUAAUUACACAAGUUGUAUAACCUUUAUUUUGAAAAUGAAUGUUUGUUUUAAAAAAAAAGGUCAAAUGCAAAAUAUUUUCCACUACCAAUACCUUCUUACUUGCAAUGCAAGCAUUGUGGGACUAAAACCAAUGAACUGUCUGAUUUGUAUAAUUGUUUUUUUUCCUUUAAAUUAAGGAAAAAAACAAAACACCACACCAUAAGCACGUCAUGUAACUAUAUUUAAAGAAUAUUCUCAUUAUACAGUCUAGACUUUGCUACAGAGCUGUUUUACUUAGCAAAUCUUCAGCCUUGGUCUGGUAAAUAUCUAAAUAAUCUCUCUCUAUUGUAGCCUUUUGUUUUUAAACAAAAUCCAAUACCUAAUUUCUUCUUUAAUCCAUAAUAAUAAUGGAGACGCAAAAAUGACUCCUCGAUCCGAAACACAAGAGUAACACUGAAAGCCAUCGCGUGAACUGUUGUGAGUAAACUUGGAGAUGUAUGUGACAUAUAAAACCCAUGUAUGAUGUGUAUAAUGUACAUUGAUUCAGAAUGUUUUGUAAAAGUUGUACUUCUUGAUUUUCUUUUGUUUGUGUACAUUUUGUAUUUUAAUACUAAUAUAAUGUUCUUUCACACCGAAGACAUAAUGCUGCGUCUGCACUACUCGACCUAGGAGCACUGUCCAGCUGCCUUUUUGAUCUAGAUCUACAAGCCUCAAUGCUACUUAAGAUCAAACUUACAGAAAGUACACUAUGUUUUUCUUCAAAUCUUUGUAUUUUCAUUUAUACGCAAAUCACUUCUGUAGGCUCACCAGCACACUCCAUUAGAUAAUUUAAGUGUAACCGUAGGGAAGGUUGUCAAACAUCAGUCACUGAUCUAUAUACACAUCACAAUUUCCAAUGCUGUUUUAUGCUAAUGUUCAGGGAUCAUGAAUCCCUUUACUGAUAGCCCUCAUCAUUUUGUUGGGGUUUUUUUAAUUACUUAAAACUUAAGUAAUUUCACAGUGAAGAAUUUUAGUAUUUGAAGGUUGAAAAUCUCCUUUGCUUUAUGCAUUUAAACAUUUCAGAUCCAGACAUACUCCUAUUGAGAGAAACGGAUUGUUCAGCUGUUUUGUUCUCUGUGAAAAGUAGGGAGUAUCCCCCUUGAAUAAUUAGAGUAGAUCAGAAGGGAGAUACACCUUAUGAAAAGAACAUGCUCUUAACACAUGGAAAGGCAAACUAUCAGGCUGACUUGAUAAAUGCACAUCCUCUGAAAGCUUUCCAAGUCCUGCUGUAGCUACUUAUGUCUGCAGGACUAAAGCACUAGUUUAUUAAUAGUAUUAUGGACCAGUGUUUUUGUCUUGAAAGUUACUAGCACAUAACAAACAUACUGAAUCUAGAUGUUUUCAUGUUUUUAGUGCAGAAAGACCAUCCUGGUAACUUUCACCCUUUAAUGGUGGUUGUAGCACUAGAUCCUUCUCUUUCAAUGACAUCCAGCAGCAGGAGGUUUACCUCCUAGUGGGUGGCUGAUCCUCUGCCAUCAUCAAGGAAAGCCUACUGUAAGCUACAGGAGACCCUGGCAUCAACUGCUACAUCUUCUUCUGUGAUACCUAUCACGAAGUCAUGCAGAUACCAUGUGAAAUCCAGUUAGGAAUUAACAUCCCUUUGCAAUCAGCAGAGGAGUUAACUUCAGAGGUCUAAGGGAGGCAGGGUGUUUCCAAAUUCAGUCAUGCUAUUUGGGUCAACUAUAUUCAGGUCAUAGUCUAAAGCUCAAAUAUGAGUAGAAACUUCAAUUUACACAUACAGAAAUUUUCAUGUCAUUGUGAAAUUAUGCUAUCAAGCUGGAAUAUUCCAACUGGUUAUUCUUCCUCAGUUGUUCAGUUCUAAUUGCAUGUGGCAGGUCAGGUUCUAUUACAUGAUCAUAAUCAAACUGCUGCAUUUUGCUAAUGAACUUGUUCAUGUAGUUUUAAAAAUCUUAUUUUCUAAUUUGGAGACAUGAUCCAUAAUACAAACAGCUGAUGUGCAGACUUUGAGUCUUCUAAACAGCUUUCAUUAACACAGCCUUACAGACAGCUGUUUAUAAAGCAGUAUGCAAUCUACAGAGGAGAGUAUGAACUUCAUUUGGGUAGGUAACUAUUUAAGUUUGAGUUAUAUUUAAAUUUAAAAUAAAGAUAUAUUUCCCUAUAGAA